CCUGGAUCUGUUCCACUCAUUAGAACCUUUAAUUCUCCUCAAUUUUUCUCUCUACUAUCAUGUUCAGGAGAGGAAGAAAGGGUGUGUUUUUUUGCCUGGCGACGCAAUUUCACUGCCUUUGCCUUUCUCAAAAAAUCCUUGGGUGGAAUCGGUAGUGACUCGGAUUACAGACUUAGGUGAUAAGAAUGUUGACAAAAGCCAGGGGGGGGCGGCCUGCGAAGGAGGCAUCUGGAUCGAGCACGUCUAG